GGUGGAGAGAGGGUGGAGGGAGAAGGAGAGACGGAGUCGAUGCAAAGUGCUCGAGGAAGAGGAAAAAGUUGUGAAGGCAGAGCGAAAGAGAGAGAGCGAGAGAGAGAGCGAGAGAGAGAGAGAGAGAGAGAGGAGGUCUCUGCUUCCUGCCGUCUCUCGGUAGUUGUAUGCCUCCGCUCCGUGAGUGCAGACCCUCCACCUGGUCUCCCGGAUCAGAACCUUCUCCCCCGGACCGAGGACCAUGGAGCUGCUAUGCCUGGAGGCGGCGGUGCGGGCCCGGCCCGACCCCGUGCUGCUGGGCGACCAGCGGGUCCUGCAGAGCCUGCUCAGCAUCGAGGAGCGCUUCCUCCCCCAGGUCCCCUACUUCAAGCUCUUCCAGAAGGAGCUCCAACCCUACAUGAGGAGGAUGGUGGCCACCUGGAUGCUUGAGGUCUGCGAGGAGCAGAAGUGUGAGGAGGAGGUUUUCCCGCUGGCCAUGAACUACCUGGACCGCUUCCUGGCCGUGGUCCCGACCCAGAAGAGGAACCUGCAGCUGCUGGGCGCCGUGUGCAUGUUCCUGGCCUCCAAGCUGAAGGAGACGCGGCCGCUGACGGCCGAGAAGCUCUGCAUCUACACGGACAACUCAAUCAGCCCGGGCGAGCUGCUGGACUGGGAGCUGGUGGUUCUGGCUAAGCUGAAGUGGAACCUGGCCGCGGUGACGCCGAACGACUUCAUCGAGCACAUCGUGAGACGCCUGCCGCUCACAGAGGAGAAGCUCACACUCGUACGCAAACACGUGACCACCUUCAUCGCCCUCUGCGCCACAGACUUUAACUUCGCCAUGUACCCCCCCUCCAUGAUCGCCACGGGCAGCGUGGGCGCGGCCGUCAGCGGCCUGCAGCUGGAGAUGGCAGGGGGGCGGGGCCACUGCCUCACCGCCCUGCUCGCCAAGAUCACCAACACAGAAGUGGACCUGCUGAAGGCGUGUCAGGAGCACAUAGAGCGUGUGUUGGUGAGCAGCCUCCUUGAGGGCCGGCAGCAGCAGCAGACACAGCCCAGCGAAAAGGGCCUGGAGGAGCAGGACCAGGCCUCCACCCCCACAGACGUCUGCGACGUCAACUUAUGAACAGCAGGGGGCACCGUUGCAACGAGAUGUUUUUCUUUUAAGAGGAAAAAAACGAACGUUAAAGAAAAAGAGUAUUUUGGGGGGGAAAAGAGGGAAAAAAGCAACAUAACAAAAACGUUUAAAAAGUCAAAAAGCCCUUGAGCGAGAGAGGGAGAGAGAAGAAAAGCUUUCUAGUUUUUGUAGAUUUAUAUUUUUCAAUGCAAACAAAAAAAAGUCCCCUAGACGUUAUCGACGCUCUGUCUCCUCCAUCCGAGAGGAUCAAACAGGAGCCAGCGUGGACCGGGCUCUGGGUUCUGGGUAUAGGGUCUGGGUUCUGGGUUAUGGUCCUGCUGUGGGUCCAACCGGUCUACCAGACCCUCAGGCCUCUCAGGACAGGGAGGAGCUCUCAGCGGCGCCGGGACACCAGUCUCAUCUCCAUGGAAGGUUCUGCUCAGUGGAAGAUAUCAAAUAGAGAGAGGGAGAGAGAGAGAGAGAGAGAGAGAGAGAGAGAGAGAGAGAGAGACAGACAGACAGAGAGAGAGAGAGAGAGAGACAUUGAUAAGGAGAUGUAAUGUUAGAGGAUCCCAAAUAUAGAGAAUUAUUCUUAUUGUAUCAUUAUUAUUAUUAUUAUGAAAAUUA